UAAGUUCCUUUUGUGCUUGCUGAAUCAGUCACACUAACAGUUACCGAAAACAGUAAAUAAGAUGCGACUGGUCGUAUUAGCGAUGCUCCUGGUAAUGGCGGUUGUGGAGGGGCAAGCCAAUGACGUCUGCAGCCUCCCGCCGGAAACGGGCCUUUGCAAAGCGAACUUCCCAAGUUUCUACUUCAACCCGAGUGCAAGGGACUGCGAGGAAUUCACCUACGGAGGUUGCGGGGGAAACGCCAAUAGAUUCGCGACCAUUGAGGAAUGCCGGAGUGCGUGCAUGUGACCUCGGGUUAGCUUGCUUGUCAUCCAUUCAUUGGUUGGCAACAACAGGAGGGAAUGAGAGAAUACGGAGAACUUUCUGUUGUAAGGGAGAUUGAAAUAAAUAUAAGGAUAAUA